GAGGCCAUUUUGUUCCGUCGAGCCAUGCGACAGGUUCCCAAAGAAGAGUUUGAUGCUAUUUUGUCACAGAUAUCAAAAUAUUCCAGUGAUGAAUUCAAAUCCUUUCUUGAGAACAUGAAGAAGACUACUGAUGAAGGAACCAGCUGUAAAUGUGGUGGUAAGGGAUAUGCAGGGUUUGGAGGCAUUGCUGGAAAGAUAACUGCAAGUGUACUUGGUGUUCGUGUUAAUGCUUCACAGGAUACCGAUGCUGCAUCUUUAAAAAGCCUUAUGGGUAAAGAAGGAGAAAAAGUGACAUCUCUGGUUAAACCGCAACAAAAAGCAACAAAUAAGAAAAGAAAAUUAUCUACUCACAUGCAGAAUAAUAGUUUUGAUUAUAGAAGUGAAGAUAAUGCAGGUAAACAUGUAGAAAGAGAGAAAUGUGACUUUGGAGGUGUACCUACAGAGAGGAGCAGACAUGAUAGUGGAGACAUAGCUUUGCAGGAAGCCAACAGCAGAAUAGAAGGUUAUGGGAGACGUGACUACGAUGAGUUACACUACAGGCAUGAUAGCGACAAUACAAGGCUGAGUUAUGAUGGUGGGGAUAAACGUUAUAAGCAUGAGGAUUUGGAUUUGGAAUUGAGACACAGCAGUUCUGAUAGACCAGUGAAGAGGAGGAGACAUGACAGUGGUGAGAGAUACAGUGAUAGAGACCGACAUACUGGUAGAUUUGGCCAUAGCAGUGGAGAAAGGAACUCUAGACUUGAGAGAUAUAAUGAUGAGGAAUAUAAGAAGAGGAACCCAGGGAGGUCUACCUCUGAAAGAAGGAAAGGCAGUGAAAACAGAAAAGAGAGAAAUGCAAAUGAAGAGCCACUAGGGACUGAAAGAAGACUCAGUGUCUUCUCACGGUUAGGUUCUCAAGGCAAGAGUCGUAUUGAUAGAACAGACCAAAAGAAAGAUUAUGAAGAUGAUGACAGGAGACAUGAUGAUAAAUGUAACAAAAAAAAAACUUCAAAAUGUAGCGAUCUGCAACGUGAUGAAAGUUUGAUUCCCAGUAGGAGACCAGGGAAAAGGGAUACAGAGAACCGGAGUACUGAGUCACAUUUAAAAGUACCAGAUAUAAAAGGCAUAGAAAAGUCUUCUACAUCAAGUGUCAGUGUACCAGAGAGUCAAAUGACUACAGAGGACCAUCAUUUGAGUUCAGAUCAGUCACAUGCUAUAGUUGCAAAUAAUAAAUGUAAGUUUGAAAGUGAACGCAAUACCCAUGUACAAAGUAACAGUACUUCAGAUAAUAGUGCUGUUGAGGAGCCAAAGAAUUCCACUGGUCCUUCCAUUCACAAAACAUCUGAUGGAAUUAUUCAUAAAUCAAAUUCAGGUUAUGAAGAGAAAAUGUUUGAGAAAACCCUUUUCAGACAGAGAGAUAUUUCAAGAAUGGCCCAAACCAAGCAAGAUGUACCAAAGAACUCGUCUAAACCUCCACAUAGUGUGAAGAAUAACAUAAACAAUGAAUCUGCAAAUGAUAGUGGUAUAGUAAGUGGGAACAGUACAUCAGACAAUGCCAAUUCUGUGGGUCAACAUGAAGAUCCUUCUGCUCCCUCCACACUCAAAGCCAAAGAAGUUACUGAUAAUAACUUUGACUCAAAUUCAUAUGAAGAGGAAAUGUUAGGAAAAUCACUAUUUGGGCAGAGAAUGAAUGCAAAAAUGGCUCAAGCCAAGAAAAAGAGGAAUACAGAAAUAUCUCUGGCUAAACAAGAGACACAAGAACAAUUGUCAAGGCCUCCAUUUGGUGUGAGUAAUCACGUGAGUAAUAAUUCCACAAGCGUGGUUGGUACAAACAAUACUUCUAACAGUGCCAGUGCUUUGGAUAAAAGAAAGAGUCUUUCUGACCUUGUACCAAAUAACAGAGGUUAUGGAGACUCUGAUAGUAAUAGUGACUCAGAUGCAGAUGAUAUAGAAAGAAUGUUGGGAAAAUCUCUCUUUGGACAGAGAAUGAUGGCAAAAAUUGCACGAACCAACCAAAAGAAGCAAGAAAAAUCACCCAUGCCAUCAGUAAGUGUAAGAAAUCACACAAACAAUGAUGCAAAGAACACAGAUACAGGGGACAACAAGGUAGGAGAAAUAAGAGAGAGAGUGAAGGGAGCGGUAUCAGAAGACCAGGAAAGAACAAGUGGCUACAGGGAUCUACAAAAUGUGAUGAGAGGAAAUAGAAAUAAUCAUGCAGUGCAAGAAGUGUCUCAUGGUCUGGAUGAAGGCAAGGCAGAUGAUGAAAAACACAUGUCGAACCAGACACUUAAAGAAAAAUGUGUUGAUAAGACUGAUACAGAAUUAAGUAGUGUGAAGGAAGUGGCAGAGUCUCAGACAAAUGCUUACUGCAAAUCAAACGAGUUGUUAGAUUUGGAUGAACAAAAUACAAUGCAGAUUGUUGAUGAAGCAGAAAAUGAAAAUGUUACCAAACAUUUAUGCGAUGUUGAAGUAAAAAGAAAUGAAAAUGUCACAAAAAUGUGUGUGGAAAGUGACAAUAUCAAUGAAGGAAGACCAACAACAAAACCAUCAGGUACAAAUAGAAGUAUAUUGAAGUCAGAGACUAAAACUUCUGAAGCAGUUCUUGAAAAUUUGGAUUCAGAAGACAAAGUGGAUGAUGAAACAAAAAGUGGGGAAAGAGAAGAAAGAACAGUGACAGAUGGAAAAUGUGUCAGUGAAAGAAAGGCAAGAGAAGAGAGAAAAGUGGCAGAUGAAAAAUGUAUUGAAAAAAAUAGUGGGGAAAAAGAAGAAAGAACAGUGGCAGAUAAAAAAUAUCAUAGCGAAAGAAGUAGUGGGGAAAGAAAAGAAAAAACAAUGACAGAUGAAAAAUGUAAUGAGAGAAAUAGCAGGGAGGGUGAAGAGGGAACAGUAGGAGAUGAAAAAUAUAGUAAAGAAAAUAGUGGGGAAAGAGAGAAAACUAUGACAGAUGAAAAAUGUAAAAGGGAAAGAAAGACUAGCGAAAGAGAGAAAAGAAAGGCAACAGAUGAAAAACAUGAUAGUGAAAGGAAAAACAGAGAGAGAGAAGAUAGAAUAGGUACAGAUGGAAAAUGUAGCAAUGAAGUCAAAACCAUGGAAAGAGAAGAAAAAACAGAGACAGAGGAAAAAUGCAGUAGUGAAAGAAGGACCAGGGAAAGAGAGAAGAGAAAGACGACAAAUGAAAAACAUUGUAGUGAAAUCAAAACCAUGGAAAGAGAAGAAAAAACAGAGACAGAGGAAAAAUGCAGAAGUGAAAGAAAGACGAGUGAAAGAGAAGAGAGAAUAGCGACAGAUGAAAAAUGCAGAAAUGAGGACAUAGGAUCCCCCAAAAUCAGUGAAGCCUCUUCUCUAGAUUGCAGCAAAUUUUCCUCUAUUACUCAAGGAAGACUAGAAGAUGCUGAUUUGGAAGACAGAAAAGAAGAAAAGGAUGGAUUGCAAGAAAAUAAUGAAAAGCCAAAUGUUUCUACAAAAAAGAGAAGAGGCCGCCCACCUAAACAGAUAAAAACUGAUGUGAAGGCAACAUCUCCCUGUGAAUACACAGAAACCAAGAAGGAUGGGAGAGGGAGAAGAAGAAAAAGUGAUGUGUCUGAAAAAGAGAAAUCCAGUGAUGAAAUAUGUGAUAACAAAAAUGCCAAAAUUGAAGACACUAGAAUGGAUACGUCUAACAAAAUGGAGCGAACAGGGGUUAUGACAAGAAAUAGGACAUUAGAUACAACAAAAGGGCAGAAUAAAGCAUUUAGUAAAGAGAGAAACGAGAAAUCAAAGAAUUCCGUUCAAACAUCACCAGCUGAGGCACAAGUAAAUGGUAAAUCCUCCAGAAGAAUCAUUGAGGGUUCUGAUGACCAAGAAGAAAGCGGUAAAUCAUAUGGUAGACCGAGAAGGAAAAUUGAUACUAACAAUCAAAGAAACAAAGAAGAGGAUGAUACCAAAGAAAGAGAAGAAACAAAAGAUGAAUCAAGCAAAGCCAGACCAAAGAGACAACCACGUAGUGAGAAACCAGCAAGAAAGCAAGCCUGUAGUAGUGAAGGAAAUGAAAAUUCACUAGAUUGUCGAGAGAAUAACGAGAUAACGCCGAAAACAGACGUUGAAGAAAGCACCAGCAACAAGAUUGAACAGGAGUUAGGCAUCAGUGGGACACAGAAAAAGAUUGAGGGAAGUGAAGGUGCUAAAGUGGAAUCAGAUGCUGAAGGUUUACAUGAAUCUGCAACGAAAAGUUCAGGAGAUGAUGUAAUACAAUGCCAAGCAGUGACUAAAAAUACUUCCAUUGAAAAUGAUGAGGUUGAGGCUAAACCACCAUCAGACAGCACUCAAGCUGAAGUCAAAGCCUCAGAGGUGAAGCAUGGGACAUCUGUAAAGGAAAUGACAGAUGCUCCUGAGGCUGUAGUAGAGAGGCUUGAAUCUAAGGCAGAGAAGGCCAAAGUGAUGAGUGAGGAGGAUUGUGAGAGAGUCAAUAAUGAUAAAGACAUCAGUCAAGAUUCUGGGGCUCUGGAUAAAUGUAUUGGAAAGGAAAUACAAUGUAAGACUGCAGAUGGGGCUGAGGAAGACACCAAAAGUAACUCAGAUGAAAGGAUUAGAGAAGAUCCAGUUGAAAAUGAUUUGAUGUGCGGUAUAUCAGGUAGUGAGGGAAAUACAAUUGAUUCCAAAGGUGAUACUCAUCAGCUUGAUGAAGUAGAACAGAAUAAUGAAGAGGCAAAGCUUAAGAAAGAAAAUGAUUAUGGAAAAAAAUGUGUACAAGAUAAAUCAAACAUACCUUUGGAUACUGAGGAAAAAGGAAAAGAGAACACGGAAGGAACAGAUUUACACAAUGAAAUCUUAUCUAGAACAGAAAAUCCAAAAACCGAAGAAAGACUCUUCCCUGAAGAGGAGGAACUCCUCUAUGAUGAAGACAGUGAAGAUGAUGAUGAUGAUGAUGACAAGAAGGGAUAUGAUUCUGGGGAAACAUCACAAAUGAAAUCCCCACACUUAAGCAAAAAUAAAUGUCUUCAACCGCAAACAAGUAAACAGGGGUCCACAGUUGAUGCAGAAAAUUCUCAGUGUAUAAAAAAGGAUGAAAAGUCUGUACUUGGAAAAGUUCAAAAUAGUGUGCAGAAUAAGGAAGAUAGUCCUAAAAGAGUAACUAGAAACCAUUCAGCUGAAAGAGAGGAUUUAGAAACUGAGGGAGGAGCAAGAGGAAGACAGUGCAGGUCCUCACCCAGGAAGGUGGGCAAGAGUGACAGCAGGAAUGACCUCUCAAGAAGUCGGUCACCACCAGGUAGAUCAAACAGAAAGAUUGGGAAGUUGACAACACUCGACAAAAAGUACAAUAUUAGUGAAAAUGACAGCGUCAGUCCCCUGCAAGUUAAGGAAAAGGAGAUGCAAGCCAAAUAUGAGGAGAAGCUAGCAGUGGCAUUUGGCAGGAAGACAAGACACGGCCAGAAAGCAAUUGAAAUGAAGGAUACAAAUGAAAUAAGUUCUUUGGAUAGAGAAAAUGGAAGAAACAAUGAUAGUGAGAAUAUACCCUCUGAAGAUAAGAAUAAACAAUUAAAGCUUGUAAGUGAAAGUGAAGAUAACUGUGUGAAAGAGUGCUUUAAACAAGAUAAGCCAAACACACCUGUAAAUACUGAAGAUGGAAGAGAGAACACAGACGGGACAGGUUUACACAAGGAAAGUAAUGCUGAACCAACAAAGAAGCCUGAAGAGAGUCUUUUCCCUGAAGAGGAGGAACUCCUAUAUGAUGGAGACACUGAAGGUGAUGAUGAUGAUGAUAAGAAAAAUGCUGAGGAAACCUUAACACCAGAAGCAAGUGCAAUGAAGUCCACAGUUGAUGCAGGUAAUUCUCAGGUAGAUGCCAUAAAAGAAAACGAUGGUAGAUCAGUAACAGGAAGUGUGCAGGAUAGUCCUAAAAUAACAAGAAACCAUUCAUCCAAAAGAGACAUUGAGAACGUGCAGAGUGCAAGAGGAAGGAAAUGCAGUGGUUCACCUAGAAAGAACGACAAAAGUGACAGCAAGAAGAUCUCUCAAGGAGUCGAUCACCACCAGGUAAAUCGAGCAGAAGGAUAA